AUGGCGCUGACGCCCGGGUGGGGAUCCUCGGCGGGGCUGGUCCGGCCCGAGCUCUGGCUGCUGCUGUGGGCAGCCGCGUGGCGCCUGGGAGCCACGGCGUGCCCCGCCCUCUGCACCUGCACGGGCACCACGGUGGACUGCCACGGCACCGGGCUGCAGGCCAUCCCCAAGAACAUCCCGCGGAACACCGAGCGUCUGGAGCUCAACGGCAACAACAUCACCCGGAUCCAUAAGAAUGACUUCGCGGGGCUGAAGCAGCUGCGAGUGCUGCAGCUGAUGGAGAAUCAGAUUGGAGCGGUGGAACGGGGGGCCUUCGACGACAUGAAGGAGCUGGAGCGGCUGCGACUGAACCGGAACCAGCUGCACAUGUUACCAGAACUGCUGUUCCAGAAUAACCAGGCUCUGUCGAGACUGGACUUGAGUGAGAAUUCCAUCCAGGCCAUCCCCAGGAAGGCUUUCCGUGGAGCUACAGACCUCAAAAACUUACAGCUGGACAAGAACCAGAUCAGCUGCAUCGAGGAGGGGGCCUUCCGGGCUCUGCGGGGGCUGGAGGUGCUGACCCUGAACAACAACAACAUCAGCACCAUUCCCGUGUCCAGCUUCAACCACAUGCCCAAGCUCCGGACCUUCCGCUUGCACUCCAACCACCUGUUCUGUGACUGCCACCUGGCCUGGCUCUCGCAGUGGCUGAGGCAGCGGCCAACCAUCGGGCUCUUCACCCAGUGCUCGGGCCCCGCCAGCCUGCGUGGCCUUAAUGUGGCCGAGGUCCAGAAGAGUGAGUUCAGCUGCUCAGGCCAGGGGGAGGCAGGGCGUGUGCCUACCUGCACCCUCUCCUCUGGCUCUUGCCCGGCCAUGUGCACCUGCAGCAACGGCAUUGUGGACUGUCGCGGCAAAGGCCUCACCGCCAUCCCUGCCAACCUGCCUGAGACCAUGACGGAGAUCCGCCUGGAGCUCAACGGCAUCAAGUCCAUCCCCCCGGGAGCCUUCUCUCCCUAUAGGAAGCUGCGCAGGAUGUGUCCCCUCUCCUUCUCACCUUGCAGAGACCUAAGCAACAACCAGAUCGCGGAGAUCGCGCCUGACGCAUUCCAGGGCCUGCGCUCCCUGAACUCUCUCGUCCUCUAUGGGAACAAGAUCACAGACCUCCCCCGAGGUGUGUUUGGAGGCCUGUACACCCUACAGCUCCUCCUCCUGAAUGCCAACAAGAUCAACUGCAUCCGGCCCGAUGCCUUCCAGGACCUGCAGAACCUCUCGCUGCUCUCCCUGUACGACAACAAGAUCCAGAGUCUCGCCAAGGGCACCUUCACCUCCCUGCGGGCCAUCCAGACGCUGCACCUGGCCCAGAACCCUUUCAUCUGCGACUGUAACCUCAAGUGGCUGGCCGACUUCCUGCGUACCAACCCCAUCGAGACAAGCGGGGCCCGCUGUGCCAGCCCCCGGCGCCUCGCCAACAAGCGCAUCGGGCAGAUCAAGAGCAAGAAGUUCCGGUGCUCAGCCAAGGAGCAGUACUUCAUUCCAGGCACGGAGGAUUACCAGCUGAACAGCGAGUGCAACAGCGACGUCGUCUGUCCCCACAAGUGCCGCUGCGAGGCCGGCGUGGUGGAGUGCUCCAGCCUGAAGCUCACCAAGAUCCCUGAGCGCAUCCCCCAGUCCACGGCCGAGCUACGAUUGAACAACAAUGAGAUUUCCAUCCUAGAGGCCACGGGGAUGUUUAAAAAACUUACACAUCUGAAGAAAAUCAACCUGAGCAACAACAAGGUGUCAGAAAUUGAAGACGGGGCCUUCGAGGGCGCGGCCUCUGUGAGCGAGCUGCACCUGACGGCGAACCAGCUGGAGUCCAUCCGGAGCGGCAUGUUCCGGGGGCUGGAUGGCUUGAGGACCCUGAUGCUGCGGAACAACCGCAUCAGCUGUGUCCACAACGACAGCUUCACGGGCCUGCGCAACGUCCGGCUCCUCUCGCUCUACGACAACCAGAUCACCACCGUCUCCCCGGGCGCCUUCGACACCCUCCAGUCCCUCUCCACACUGAACCUCCUGGCCAACCCUUUCAACUGCAACUGCCGGCUGGCCUGGCUGGGCGACUGGCUGCGCAAGCGCAAGAUCGUGACCGGGAACCCGCGGUGCCAGAACCCCGACUUCCUGCGGCAGAUCCCCCUGCAGGACGUGGCCUUCCCCGACUUCAGGUGUGAGGAAGGCCAGGAGGAGGGGGGCUGCCUGCCCCGCCCGCAGUGUCCCCAGGAGUGCUCCUGCCUGGACACCGUGGUCCGAUGCAGCAACAAGCACCUCCGGGCCCUGCCCAAGGGCAUCCCCAAGAAUGUCACAGAACUCUAUCUGGACGGGAACCAGUUCACGCUGGUUCCAGGACAGCUCUCCACCUUCAAGUACCUGCAGCUCGUGAUCCUCAGCUACAACGCGCUCCAGUGCAUCCCUCCGCUGGCCUUCCAGGGGCUGCGCUCCCUGCGCCUGCUGUCCCUCCAUGGCAAUGACAUCUCCACCCUUCGAGAGGGCAUCUUCGCAGACGUGACCUCCCUGUCUCACCUGGCCAUUGGUGCCAACCCCCUGUACUGUGACUGCCACCUCCGCUGGCUGUGCGGCUGGGUGAAGACUGGCUACAAGGAACCAGGCAUUGCCCGCUGCGCAGGGCCCCCGGACAUGGAGGGCAAGCUGCUCCUCACCACCCCUGCCAAGAAGUUUGAAUGCCAAGGCCCCCCCACUCUGGCUGUCCAGGCCAAGUGUGAUCCCUGCGUGUCCAGCCCGUGCCAGAACCAGGGCACCUGCCACAACGACCCCCUCGAGGCGUACAGGUGUGCCUGCCCCAGUGGCUACAAGGGCCGGGACUGUGAGGUGUCCCUGGACAGCUGUUCCAGUGGUCCCUGUGGGAACGGUGGGACCUGCCACGCACCGGAGGACGAGGAUGCCGGCUUCACACUGUGA